CAUAAAAUCUAUAGAAUCCCCUUGCGAAUAAUGGAAAUCCAAUCUAUGGCUUCCAUGAAUAUUUCACAACAGACAAGACAUUGAUAAACCGAGUCCAAGGCCGCAAUAACCUCAUGGCAGUUACAGCAAACCUUCUAAUAUUUUUUAUUUUACUUCUUACCUACUGUAAUAUUGUUAUCUCAACAUGUUUAAAGCUUGAAAUAUUCAAAAGCAGGGCCGGUUUUUGUUUCUGCUGGAGAAGGGAAGGAGAUCUUGCGGGCGCUAAAGCUAAGAAAACUGCGAAAAUGGCUGGCACUGGGAAAAAAGUAAUGACAUUGGGCAUGGAUAAUAACGAACCGAGCUUCUACGCGCUGCAGUGGACCCUUGAUCAUUUCUUUGUUCCAUUUGGCCAGGACCCUCCAUUCAAGCUCCUAAUUAUCCAUGCUCAACCCCGUCUCGCUUCUGUAGUAGGGUUCACUGGACCAGGAUUGGUUGAUGUUAUACCGAUCAUGGAGGCAGAUUCCAAGAAAAGAACCCAAAAUGUUGUAGACAAGGCCAGAGAAGUCUGCAACAAUAAAGGGGUGAGUGAUGUGGUAGUAGAAGUGAUUGAGGGUGAUGCUAGGAAUGUCAUGUGCGAUGCUGUAGAUAGACACCACGCAUCCAUGCUGGUGGUGUGCAGUCAUAAUUAUGGAGCUGUCAAAAGGGCACUUCUGGGCAGUGUUAGUGACCAUUGUGCACAUAACGCACCCUGCUCUGUUUUGAUUGUGAAGCAACCUAAACACUAGGAGGAUAUUUCCAUCUACUCUUGGAUAAUAAUUUCACCGAAGAACUGUAAUGUUCCUUAAUUAGUAUUGGUUCUCUUGGUCGUUGAAUUCUUAUAAUCCCAGUGGAUUCAUGUUUUAUUUGCAUUUGAA